UGGGAGGAAGCCAAUGACACAUGCUGGAGACAUAAUGGAAGAUUGCUGGAUUUUGAAGACGAGGAAGAUAUGCUUUAUCUUGCAAAUUUCACAGACAGCCUUUGGAUUGGUCUCAAAAAGCACGCCGCAAAAUUCAUUUCGACAAAUAAUACUGGCGAGUAUUUAGAGGAUGAGAUUUGGCGUUGGUGUUAUUAUGACCACAAUGGUAUCACAAAGCGUGAAUACUGCCACAGGUUUCAUCCAUCCAUAUGUGUUAAACGAAGAUAUGAAGGAAAAUGUCAAGAAGGCUGGGAGAUGAAUGAUGAAUACUGCCAUCUUAAUGUUUAUUCCCUAAUGACCUGGUUUGCGGCAUUCGCUCACUGUCUGGCAAAACAGAGUGAAAUGUAUGUGGCGAGGUUACACGGAAAUUCCAUCGGCGCAACGAUGACUAAGCAAGACUAUUGGAUUGGUGUAGCAGAAAGACGACCGCUAAAACCUAUCCUGGGGUGGGAAUGGACAGACGGUAGGCCGCUACAAUGGGACGAAGCAAAAAUCGUGGUAUUGAACUAUGCGUGUUUAGGAUGUGGCAUUGUGCGUAAUCGAAUGGUCUAUCUGAACCGAUGUCUUUAUAUGUACCAAUUUCUUUGCGAUGGGGACUCGCCAUCAGCGAACGAAGACAUACACAAAAGAAAUUAUUUAUCUUGGGAAGACGCUGUGUUAAACUGUAAAGAAAAGUAUGGCAACAGCAGCUCUCUACUACCAUUAUCAACCGUUAAAUUUCGGAAUGUAUUGAAUGAACUGUAUAGUAACGGUUCUAUUCAAUUUGACAAAUACUAUCGGAUUGGGCUAAAAGAUAAGAUUAAUUCCAGCGAGGAAACUUGUACAAAAACCGAGAUUAGUACAGAAACAAAUAUGACGGAGUUUCGCGUGAGGAAAUGCUUCAGUUUUGUAUGUUGGCUACGCCCAAUAUCACUAGUCCAUGUAAACUGUGACUGGACCCUCCAUCCAGCUUGUGUCAAAGAUGCCAAGAAUGGCACUAACGAUUCGCUGUCCUGUGAGCCGUCGUGGGAAGUAAGAGUCAAGGAAGGAAAAUGUGUUAGAAUGUUUAAAAAUGUCCAAAUGCGAUGGCUUACAGCUUAUUUGUUCUGCCAAGGCCAGAAUGGUGAACUUUUACCGCCGAACAUGGUCCACCUCUUUAAUGAUUAUAACACGACGGGCUUGUCUGGGAAAUGCUGGGUGAACGAUUAUAAAUCCUUCUUACCUCAGGAUCCACUGGAAGGCUGGAAGUGGCCUAAUGGCACUCUAUUGAAUGUUUCCUACAACUGGGGGCUAACCGCAAGACUACGAGACAUUAAGAAAGAAAGAAGGACCUGGUGCGCUUAUGUACGUCCAGAACAGCGCAUUUGGGAGCAAUCUAAAUGUUCAGCUCCUCUUCGUUUUAUCUGUAAGAAAAAGUUUUUAACAGAGCCCUCAACAUCACCGGGUGAGGAAUCUGCUCAUAAAGAAGAAAUGUCAAAAGUAAUGAGAUCAGCAAGCGAAUUGAUUUACUGUCAGCGGGAAAACUGUACAAAAGAAACAAAAGAAAAGAAACAAAGUGUUGAGGAGUUAAUUUCUUCAGCCCAAAGAGAAAUUGUUGAAAUAGUGAACUCUAGUACCUUUAGUUAUUCAUUUAAUACGGUGAAACGCAAUAUUGAAUUAACGGUGUUUACGUCAGAAUUCAUAGAUCUUCAGUAUCAAAGAUCGAAUACCACCUCUGUUCCAACUAAAUCCAUCGCGAUGAUGUGCCAAAAUCGAUCAUCAUGUAUUAUCAAAGGAGUGAUAAUGAAAAUAAGUAACAUCACGAUCAGUUUAUCAAAAUCGUCGAACAACUCUGCAGCGCAACAGGCGGAUACAAUGUCGGUGGAUUACAUUGUCGAUGGACAAUUGGUCAACAAGUUAGACGAAGACGAGGAAGUAUCGCUCAAUUUUCAACUGGAGGAAGUGGUAACAGGAAGUCGGGUCAUGUGUAUGUUCUUGGAUGGACUUCUUUGGAAUACCAGAGGAAUGAAAGUUGGCUCGAUGGGCAACGACAUUGUUGAAUGUGUAACGAAUCACUUUUCUAGCUUUGCAAUGGUUGUUCUUGAUUCAGAGCCAAGUGAAGCUGAUAAAGAUGCUUUGAAGUUCAUCAGUUAUAUGGCUCAGGAUUGUCGCUGCAAAGAUUUGCAGAUUUUGACGACCAGUCGACACUUGGUACAUUUGAACUUGCAGAUCGCGCUGGGACUGACCCAGAUUGUUUUUCUCGCCGGAGGCAGUGCUACACAUGAUGAGGUUGGUAAUUUUCCAUGA